CCCAUCUCGUGGUGUCUUGUGGGUAAAGCACAUUGCACUGUCCGCCAUUUCGUUGCUGCUUUUGGAUCAGUAUAGUCGAGAGAGAAAGAAAGAGAAAGAGAGAGGGGGAAAAAACGCACUACCGAGACAAAAAUGCUUUCCGCCGCCCAGUUACUUGACGAGUUAAUGGGCCGGGAUAGGAACCUGGCACCGGACGAAAAACGGAGUAACGUGCGUUGGGACCACGAGACUGUAUGUAAAUAUUACCUCUGUGGAUUUUGUCCAGCAGAAUUAUUCACAAACACACGAUCUGAUUUGGGUCCAUGUGAAAAAAUCCACGAUGAAAAUCUACGGAAACUAUAUGAAAAGAGCUCCCGCUUCAUGAAAGAGGGCUAUGAAAGAGACUUUCUUCGGUAUUUACAAAGCUUGUUAGCAGAGGUGGAACGCAGAAUUCGUAGGGGUCAUGCAAGACUGGCACUUUCUCAGGCCCAGCAAAAUUCUGGGCAAGCACCAGGGCCUUCGGGCAAAAAUGAGGAGAAAAUACAAGUUUUAACUGAGAAAAUUGAAGACCUUCUGCUGCAGAUUGAAGAGCUGGGUUCAGAGGGAAGAGUGGAGGAGGCUCAGGGAAUGAUGAAACUUGUUGAACAGUUAAAAGAUGAGAGGGAACUGCUUAGAUCAUCAACUUCUACAAUUGAAAACUUUGCAGCUCAGGAAAAGCAAAUGGAAGUCUGUGAAGUUUGUGGUGCUUUUUUAAUUGUAGGGGAUGCGCAGUCCAGAGUAGAUGAUCACUUGAUGGGAAAGCAACAUAUGGGCUAUGCCAAAAUCAAGUCUACUGUAGAAGAGUUAAAGGACAAACUACGCAGACGGUCAGAAGAGCCGGAACGUGAUGACAAAGGAAAAAAAGAAAAAGAAGACAGAGAACGUGAAAGAGAAGAGAGAGAGAAGAAACGGCGGGAGGAAGAGAAGGAGAAAGAGAAGGAGAAAGAGAGGGAGAAAGAGAAGGAAAGAGAAAAGGAGAAAGAGCGAGAGAAGGAAAGAGAAAAGGAAAAGGAGAGGGAGAAGGAAAGGGAGCGAGAUAGAGAUAGACGUCGGCGCAGUCAUUCACGCAGCAGACACUCCAGCAGAACAUCAGAGAGGCGGCGCAGCCGUUCAAGAGAACGCAAGCGAUCCAGAAGCAAGGAACGGGACAGGAAGCCUAGCAGGAGCAGAGAUAGAGACCGGCGCAGAAGCAGCCGGGACCGUUCAGAGAGGAAGCACAGAUCCCGCAGCAGAGACAGGAAGAGGUCGAAAAGCUCAGAGCGUAAAUCUCACAAACGCAGGAGCCGAAGCCGGGAGAAGGAUAGAGACAGGAAGUCAAAAGACAAAGAUCGAAGGGAUCCUGAUGAGAAGAAGAGCAACAGGAAAUUGAGUGGUGAUGAAAAGCAGAGUGAAGUUUCCAAGCCAGAGCUAAUGGAGGUUGAUGCUCCAAAGCGUGAGGUCAAUGGCACCAGUGAAAACAUACAAUCUGAAGGUGACACUCAGUCCAAUUAAAACUGAUCUGAUAUGACCUCAGAUCAGGCCGAGGGUGGAAUCUGAGAAGUCUACAGGAGAAAGAGAAACUGAAGACAGCCUGGCCUGAAGUUAUGAUGUUGCUGCUUAAAACAAGGUGAACAAGAGCUGUAGUGGCCCAGAAAAAAUAAAAUGUAAAAUAGUUCAGUUGCCAUUUUCAAGCUCAUUUGAGGACUGGUCACAUUACUUCAGAUAAUGCCACAACACACACCACCAAGAAGUAAAUUUGCUAUUCAUUUGUGUAAUUUCUGUUUACAUGUAUUUAGAAAAACAAUUUCUUGUACAUGUGGCUUGUUCAGUUUGUAACUUCAGGUUCUACUUUAGAGUCAUUUUAAGACACCACACUGUCUUCUGUUUGUGUACAGUGUUUGGAUGGAAACAAUUUAUUCUACUUGUUUCCUCCCAAUUUUUUUUUUUUUUU